AUGGACAACGAGUUGGUUCGGGUAUGGCAUCUUAUCAACGAGUUGAGCGAUCAGCUCGCUCAUAAUUAUAAAAUAACGAAAACACUCCAAUCACAAUCAAGUGUUCUGAAGAAUGAAUCCGCUCAAAUCAGUAGUGCUGGGUUUAAUCUGCGACGUUUCAACACCGACAUCACCAAAGAGGCGUUCGAUUCUGAACUGGAACGUUCAAAUGCUCAAAUGCUCAUCGAAAACCAGGCCUUACUCCACGAGAAUAAACAGCUGAGUUUGCUGCUGAAAGAGUACGAAGGAACUCUUGAGACGAUUAUGACCAAGUUUCGGAAUCACACAUUGGCUGCUCAGCAACACGAACUGACACUCACACGACACUACGAAACCCUUCUCCUGGCUCGCGAUACACAAGACCUCUCAUCCGACUUUACAUCCGCCAUCAACAUGCCCAAAUCCCUUCACAGACUUUUACUCUACCUCCGAAACUUCAUUCGUUCAACGUCCGGCGAGGAAAACCUUGACCCGCCGGAUUCGGAUAACUCAGGAUACUUGGAUCCAGGAGAACUGGUUUUUCUCAUUGAAUCGCUCGAGAGGCGAUUGACUAGUGACGACGACGAGUAUUCCGAAACUGGACUCUCGUCUGAUUGGCAAGUGGACCGGGAACAUGAGAUAGCCAGGCUGGAGGAGGAGAAUAAUGAGCUGCGAAAGGCGUUAGGCAUCGACCCAGAGGCAAUAUCGUCUGCGGGUAUUGAUAUGGCAGCCGAGUUUAGACGUAUGGAGUGUGAACGGCAUCCAAUAUUGUCUUUGGACAAACACCGGAGAAGAGGAAGUGAACAGAGUUAUGGAAGUGGGGAUCAUUGGGUGGAAAAGGGUUUAGGAGGACCACAACAACCUGGUAAUAUGGGCUCGUAUUGGGACGGAAUUGUUAGGGGACCUGUAUCCAAUCAGCAACAACAACCGACUUACAGCUCUGUUCUUGUCGGCGGAGGAGGUGGAGGUCCUCAACAAUUACCUGCUGUAUCUGGUGGGGCACCGUUACAACGGGCGGUCGACCUUCCAGGCAUGCGGAUGGGAGCAGGCGCACAAGGUAGACGGUUAGGGUCGAGUAUUCCUCCUCAACGAGGCGGCUGGAUGGGGGCUCCUCCAACUCGUGGAGGUGUUACCGGCAUUGGAGGCGUUCACCCACCACCCCCAUCAACAGGCUUGAGUCUAUGGAAUCAACCUUCACCAGCUCCUCCCAUUACCAAUAGACCUCAGUGGCCAACACAGGGGAGUGGAUUGGACAUUGGCCGAUAG